AUGUUUGAUCUGAGGCUGACUUUAUUAUUUGGAAGGGAAGCCCGGAAUCUGUUACAGAAGCAGUUGAAUCCUAGGAACAAGAUCCUGCUGUCAAGGAAGCGGAGACAGAGGAAGAGGAGGAGGAAGGGGUCGGGACUUACCAAGUUCUCAGUCCCUCCGCACGCGCCGCGAUGCGCCCAGCGGCCGCACGGGGGUGCGGCGGCACCUUUGGGCGUGCGUCUCCCUGCGCACGCGGCGCAGGGCUGGCGCGCGUAGGAGGAGGACGUGCACUGUGCGUGGCUCCCACUACCCGGACUGCCCCUGGGCUGGGCUUUCUUCACAGCUGACGCCCACGGUGGGAGACGAGCCGCUCUUCACGGCGCUCGCUGCCUGCCAGGACCCGUGCUGGAGGCGCUAGAUCCGGAGCCCCGAGAACCCCAGAGCGUGCGUGGGGCGUCGCUACGCAGCACCUUCCAGAGCGCAGACGAGCGCCUGGACGCAUUGUGGCCGCAAGGCGAGCCCAGCGGCUCCACGGCGGUGGCAUCGCUCGUCUCCCCGCGCUUUCUGUACCUGGCGCUCUGCGGUGACUCUCGCGCGGCCCUGAGCCGCACUGGAGCUGUGGCCUUCAGUACCGAGGACCAUCGGCCCCUCCAGCCAUCGGAACGAGAGCGCAUCCGCGACGCGGGCGGCACCGUCCGCCACAGGCGACUCGAGGGCUCUUUGGCAGUGUCUAGAGCACUGGGAGGUUUUGCCUACCAAGAGGCUUCGUGAAGGCCACCCCCCCCCCCCGAGCUUCAGCCCUGACCGCCCUGGCACGCCACGCUCCAGGCUUCUGAAGGCGUGAGGGACGCGAUGUCCCGCGCUGCCCUGGCGAGACAAGUGGCAUCGCGUCUCGGCCAGGAUUUGGCCGCAGAGCUUCUCUGCGCCCAGCUGUUGAACACGUGUCUGUGCAAGGGUAGCCUGGACUGCAGGUCCUGCGUCCUAGUCCGCUUCUCAGGGGCGCCCAGGCCUUGCGAGGACAGGAAGGAGCUAGCGCUGGACACGGCCCUACUUUGUGCCUCUGCCCAGGAACCCGAAGCCUGAACAGUUUUCAGGACUCUGGCCUGGGAGGGGAUCCCGACUUUACCUCCUGGGGGAGGGCUCUACUGCAAGUGA